AUGGCGUACUUCUGCCCUUCAGACUUUGCAUUCUUGUUUAUUUGCUUACAAAGCAAUGUGUCCAGCAGAUCUUGUAAGUACUCUCACAACAUCAUCAACGCUGAGAACAAAAAAGUUCUAAAGACUCAUGAGCUGUCUGGCCUCAAUGAGAAUGAGCUGCGGGUACUGCUUCUCCAAAAUGAUCCUUUCCUCCUCCCUGAUGUCUGCCAGCUUUACAACAGAAAGAAUGGUACCUGCAGCCAGCAAAACAGAUGUAACAAGCUUCAUAUUUGUCGACACUUUCUCCAAGGGGAAUGUAGAUUUGUUCCAUGCAACAGGUCCCAUAAUCUCUUGGAUACCCAUUCAUUGAGAGUGUUGGAAACUGGAGGCAUUGAUGCGAACAUAGCUUCAAACAUCCAGGCUAUAGAUGAUCACAAACAUGUGGAAUUCAACGAGGAACUGAAGAAGGGGAGAAUACACAACUACAAGCCAAGAGAAAAUUUAUUGGAAAAAAAUAAAGGCUUUAAAGCCUAUAAAAAAGACAAUUCCUCUGCUAAAGAUUCGAAGGACAACAAAGAUGAUACAUGUGAGGAGCUAUGUCUGUUCUAUGUCUGGAAGUACUGCAAACAUAAAGAUAAAUGCAGAUUUAUGCAUUACCAUUUGCCGUAUCGAUGGCAAGUAUAUAAUGGGAUCACCUGGAAUGACCUUUCCAUGAUGGAGGAAAUUGAAAAGGCCUAUUGUGACCCAAAAAACAGCAGCAUAGCAGAUAGGAACAUUAAUUUCCAGACAAUGACCUGCUCUUCUUCUUCGCUUCGACGCCUCUCUACACCAUCGUCAGUCACAAAACCCACAUUUGUACUGACCACGCAGUGGAUUUGGUAUUGGAAGAAUGACCAAGGCCAGUGGAUUGAAUAUGGAGACCAGGGAGAAGGGGAUAGUGGGAACUCGCCAUCUUCUGACAUUAUUGAGAACUUGUAUCUAGCAGAUCCAGAUGCCAUCGUGUCUUUCCAGGCUGGCUUGUAUGAUUACCAGCUCAGUUUUAAAGAAAUGACCCAGACAAACGUGGUUUUUAAAACUCGAAGACAGGUCUGCAGGCGACCAAAGUUUUUUUCUUCUGAAGAUGUGCAGAAGAUAAAGAAAGGCCAGAGGGAUUCUUCUAUUCCAGAUCAAGCCUGUCCUACCCACUGGGAUCAAUCUGCACUGCCUGAGUUGGGAUACAAGGCAGUAGACAUCAGUAAUACAACCUCUGAAUACAACACAAUAAAGCAGCUGUUUCUUCAGACUAUGAAAAGCUACAAUGUCCUUAAAAUACAGAGGAUUCAGAAUCCAUCCCUCUGGAAGGUGUUUCAGUGGCAAAAGGUGCAGAUGAAAAGGGAAAAUGGAGGGAAGGAAGUAAAUGAAAGGCUCCUGUUCCACGGAACCAAGACCUCCUUUGUGGAAGGCAUCUGCACUCACAACUUCGACUGGAGAAUUUGUGGAAACAAUGGAACUAACUAUGGAAAUGGAAGUUACUUUGCUAGAGAUGCUUCCUAUUCCCAUGCAUACUGUCAGCCUACGGUGAAAACAAACAUCAUGUUCGUGGCUCGUGUAUUGGUUGGAGAUUAUGUUAAAGGCAAUGCAGCCUAUGUUCGCCCCCCGACAAAGUCUGUUGACGGGCUUCGGUUUUAUGACAGCUGUGUGGACGACGAGUUAAAUCCCUCCAUUUUUGUUGUCUUUGAAAAAAACCAGAUUUACCCGGAGUAUAUAAUAGAGUAUAAGGAGGAAGAAAAAAAAUGUAUUGUAUCUUAGAGGGAUCAGAGCUGUUUGUAUCCCUCAUCUUAUUUUCCAUAUUGCAGGUGUUCUCACACUCGGUGACUUCUUUCUUUUAUAAUAUUCUUUGGAAUGUUAAUCCAAAGAAUUUCUGUAUUGAGGAGGGCUGGCAAAACAGAUGUUACAUUUGUUGAGACUAAUUGCCUUGUCUUCUCCUCUUCCUCUCUUAAAUGAAGCAUAGACAUUUGGAUAACCAUAGCAGAAAAAUCAGAAUCGUGGGAUGGGAAAUCAAAUGUUGUGACUUCUGUGGGCAAAUAAUUGUAAAGGCAUUUUCUUAGAAAUAGAGUAGAGAGGAUUUCUCUUUGUGAACAGUUCAGUUAAGAGAAAAAUUAACAGUACGGUAGUUUUUAAGCAAACUCUCAGGUUUUUAGUAGUCAAAGAGUCUUUUCAGUGCAGAAUAUGGCUGUCGUUGAUCCUCUCAUCUAUCACAAUUCUAAAGAAAUCAGUGUAUGUAAGAAUGCUUUGACUUAGUUUUCCAAGUGCUGCUUGUUAGUUUCUGAUACUAGUUUCAAGUUUAAAAUGGUAAAACAAAAAAAUAAAAAGCUUAUUUUAAAUCCAUGUUGUUAAGUUCUCAAGUGGAGAAGUUUCAUCUGUACCAUGGCAGCUACUGUUUGGAUCAGGAAAUUGUUGGAUCAGGGUUUUUUUGCAGAUCUGCAGUAACUUGCUGUGUGACCUAGACAAAAAUAGAGCUCAAGUGAAACUGUGAAAGUCACAACCUAUGAAUAAGCAGAGGCUAAAAUUUGGUGUUGGCUGCAACUAAUGGCUGUAAGUAUAUAAAGGCUGUGUCACAACGAGCCAGGCUUUCAAGUGAAUGUGGCCACAUAUUUUCUCAAUGUGAACAUUUGCUUAGCAAAUGCUAUAGGACAGGAGAAGCAUCUUAAGGAGCAUUGGUAUUUUCUGUCCUAUUUGUAUACGUUAAUUUUCGUUUUUCCAGAAAUAGGACAUGACUGGAAGAGACCGGUUAUGUUCUCUCGAGGCCAGUGGUAGAACUGCUGUCCUAAGACACUUUGUAUACGUGUUUUGUUGCCCACAUUGCGUUGGGCAACUCACUGACAAGUGUAGUUCCUCGUUGUGUCUUGAGGUAGCUGUGGGUGACCCAGGAUACUGCUUCCCCGGGACUGCUUUUGAUAAACUUGCUUUGUCUCCAUCAGUGACGUACAACCCUACUAACGGUGGUUAAGCCCUCUUUUAUUAAGUUACAUGCUUUUUAUUGUCCCAAAAAGGAAAUACAGAAACUCAUAUAGAGUUUCUACUGAAUUUUAAUAAGGAGUUUGUAAGUUAAUUGAACUGAAUACCCUCUGUACAAAGAUGUCUUAUUCAGGCAGUCUAGCUGUUAAGAGGGAAACCCUUGCCGAGGACAGAGGAGCAGUAAGUUUUGCUUUCAGAUAAGGUGUACGGUAACAUGAAUAACCUCCCAGUUAUUUGCAUCUUCAGUACAGAUCCGUCAACCACACGUACUACUCAAAGUUUGCAAGUUACCAGGAGGAUGGGGAAAUAUAUAAAACUAGGAAAUCUUAUUAAAAUUACUGUCUUAGAACUAAAUGAAAACAUGCGUCAGUAAUGCAUUAAAAGGGGAAGAUUUUACCACUUUUUAAGAUCUCUCUCACUUUUGUUUGCCUGUAGUUC